AUGCCCAAAAUUGCCGCGCUCAAGGGUAUCGGCUCCGACCAGGCUCGCAAAUCUGCGCGCCGCACCCCCCCUCACAAACUUAAACGCAAGUAUGCCUGGGUGGACGUCGACGACGACGACGACCUCACCGUCAAGUCCUCCAGCUCAAGGCGACCCUCCCCCAAAGGCGGUCGUCCCGUCGUCCGCUCUCCGCACCCUCACGGCCCACGCAAGAAACCACAGAUGUCCGCUCCCGCCGCUUUUUCUAUUCAGACCAAAGGCUCUGUUCCAGAGCAGCGGCAGCAUCUCCCCAUUUUUGCUGGCAAAGACGCGAUCAUAGAGGUCAUCCGUAAGAACGAUGUAACUAUUCUAAUCGGCGAGACGGGCUCUGGAAAGACCACCCAGAUCCCCCAGUACGUCUUGGAAGCCGGACUAGCCGGAGACGGAAUGGUCGCCGUGACCCAGCCCCGCCGAGUCGCAGCCACCUCUCUCGCCGCUCGGGUGGCCAAAGAGCAGAAAACCGCCGUCGGUGGGCGCGUGGGCUACUCUGUCCGUUUUGAUGAGGCCUCCUCGAGCGAUACCAAAAUCAAAUAUGCCACCGACGGCAUGCUCGUCCGCGAGCUCCUUGGUGACCCACUCCUCCUCCGUUACGGGGCCGUCAUCGUGGACGAGGCACACGAGCGCACGCUCCGCACCGAUCUUCUCAUCGCCAAUCUCAAGACCAUCCUCCACGCUCGCCGACGCUCGCCGACCCCCACGGGCAAAGGCAAAGGCAAAGGCAAGGCCACCGACACGUCACACACGCUUCCACCCCUCAAAAUCAUCAUCAUGAGCGCAACACUCGAAGCGGACAAAUUCAGCAAGUUCUUCGGCGGUUCGAAGGUCGUCUAUGUCAAGGGCCGCCAACAUCCCGUCACGAUCUACCACACCGCCGUCAGCCAACCAGAUUAUGUCGACGCCGCCCUACGAACCUUCUUUCAAAUCCACACGGACCAGCCGCCAGGCGACGUCCUCGUAUUCCUUCCUGGGCAGGAGGACAUCACUAGUCUCGAAAAGUCGAUCCAGAUGUAUGCGAGCAAUCUGCCGACAGACGCCCUCGGAGUACUCGUCUGCCCGAUAUACGCGGCACUACCACCCCAACAGCAGGCGAAGGUGUUCACGCCGGCGCCCUCGGGUACACGGAAAUGCAUCCUCGCGACCAACAUCGCCGAGACCUCGAUCACGAUCCCCGGGGUAAAGUACGUGAUCGACACGGGCAAAUGCAAAGAAAAGCGCCAUGUCGCGAAACAUACCGGGACAGGCGACCGCUUUGAUACCCUUCUGACCCGAGAUAUCACGCAGUCCUCUGCGAUCCAGCGAGCCGGUCGUGCAGGACGCGAGGGCAAAGGCUUCUGCUUCCGCCUCUAUACCGAAGACUCAUUCAACAAAAUGCCGCUCACGGCGGAGCCCGAGAUCCGGCGCUGCACGCUCACCUCCGCCCUGCUGCAGCUCAAGUGCCUCGACCAGAACCUGGAAGAGCUCACCCUCCUCGACGCCCCCGACAUGGACGGGAUCGCCUCCGCACUGAAGACGCUCUACCUCCUCUCCGCGCUCUCGCCGGCCAAGGCGCUCACACCCCUGGGCCGGCAGAUGGCCGCGCUUCCGCUCGAGCCGCCGCUGGCGCGCGCGGUGCUCGCCGGGGCGGAGCUUGGCUGUGGCGCGGAGCUCAUCGCGCUCGCGAGUGUUCUCUCGGCGUCCUCACCCCUCUUCAUCGACGCAGCUGCCGCGCGCGAGGCGGCCGCGGACGCGCGGCGCAAGUUCCGCGACCCUGCGGGGGACCACCUGACGGCGCUGAACGUCGUGCGCGCGCACGCCGAGGUCGGCGCGGCGGAGGGCAAGGGCGCGCAGCGCGAGUGGUGCCGGCGGGCGUGCGUGAACGAGCGGUGCCUCGUCGAGGCGGGGAACAUCGCCGUCCAGCUGCGGGAGGUGUGCGCGCGGCUCGGGGUGGACUGCUCGGGGAGCGCGGGGGACGAGCGGGAGGGGCGGGUGUUGAGGGCGCUGGUGCGGGGCCUGGUGCAGAACACGGCCUUCCUCCAGCCGGACGGGACGUACAAGCAGGUGAUGGGCCACUCGGUGGUGAAGAUCCACCCGAGCUCGGUGCUGGCGGACAAGAAGGUGCCGGCGAUUGUGUAUGAUGAGCUGGUGUACACGACGCAGAUCUACGCGCGCGGGGUGUCCGCGAUCCCGAGAAGCUUCAUUGCGGAGGUGCCGGUUCUGCGACCUCGGAGCGGGUAG